AGAUUAUGAAAACAAACAAGUGAAGGGGCAUACACGCAAAUACACACACAACUACAACAGCUUCUUCCCCCCCAGCUCCGCUUUGCCUUCGCCGGGUGGAUCAGCGGCAGACGAUUGACGAUGUCGUCCCUCAACUCGCUCUUCAACCGAUCCUCUCCAUUCGGCACCAAAUGCAAAACAUGCUUGAAUUUGAUCAUUUCAAGGAUCAAGCUGCUGCGCAAUAGGAGGGAAAUGCAACUGAUAAAUAUGCGCAAAGAGAUGGUUCAGUAUCUUCAGACAGGCCAGGAAUCGAUUGCAAGGAUUCGAGUGGAACACAUUAUUCGGGAGCAAAAUAUAUUGGCUGCCUAUGAGAUUGUGGAGCUUUUCUGCGAAUUUGUUCUGGCACGAGUCCCUAUCGUUGAGGUUCAAAAGGAAUGCCCCAUAGAAUUACGAGAAGCAAUAUCUAGUAUUAUCUUUGCAUCAGGAAGAUGCUCAGACUUGCCUGAGCUAAUGCAUCUCCGUAAUUUGUUUACCACCAAGUAUGGAAAGGAGUUUGUUGCUGCUGCUCUGGAAUUGCGCCCUGAUAGUGGUGUUAAUCGCACAAUAAUUGAAAAGCUUUCAGUCAAGGCUCCAUCAGCUGAAUCAAAGUUGAAGGUUUUGAAAGCUAUAGCUCAUGAGUACAAUCUUGACUGGGAUUCUUCUAAUACGGAAGCAGAGUUUAAUAAGAAAUAUGAAGAUCUACUGGACGGCUCAGGAUCCUCAGUCCGCCAAGGCCAGACACCUAUAAUUGAGAGCACUCCGGUUGCUUCAGUUUCCAGGGAUAAGCCAUCGAUCUUACCUGUGGAGGACACUAGAAAACUUCAAACUCCCGGGUCCCCAAGUUCACCUACUGUGAGUUCAAGAGCAUACGCUGCCCCCAAGAUUAAUGUGGGCAGCCAGGAGCAUCAACCCCCUGUUGCGGAGAUACCCUGCACUAGCCGAGGUUCGUCAGAUGUACUAGAAAAGGCCCGAGCUGCCAUUGCUGCAGCCAGCCGUGCAUCUGCCGCUGCCCGCGCAGCAGCAGAUCUUGUGAAGGUUAAAGUUGCAACCCAAUGAUGUGUGCCUGCUGUUGAUGCGAGAUUCUGGCAAACAACUACUUGAUGAACAUAUUUCAUUGCGUAAUUGUAUUAUGUGUGUGUUUCUCUGUAUGUGCAUUAAAUAUCUUUUUCACCAGGAGCACUGCCGUUCAAUAAAAACAAGUGUUUGUAUAUUUACAAGAA